AUGUCGGCUAAUUCUCAUAAUCAUGUCCAAUGGUGCUUUUCAUUAGCUAAAACAUUUCACGAUGAGAAUUUAACGGAAAUUUUCGAUCCUAAACACGAUAUAAAAUAUCAACUAAUGGAAGCAUCCGAUACUGUACAAGCUGCAGAAAUUUUGGCUCAUACCUAUAGUCAAGAAAACAUGUUUUUUAAAGCCAUAAGUUUAAGUAAAGAAGAUUAUCAACCUGUAGCAUUAUCACGCUUCAAUGAAGCAGUAAAAAAUAAUGUUGCCAUAGUCGCUAAAAGUAGUGAUGGGGACGUGGCCGGUGUUACUGGAGCUUAUUUAUUUAGCACAGCCAUAGCUGAAGUAUGUACAGACUUGGAGGACUUGUAUGGAAAAAAGGUUGCCCCUAUCAUGGAUAUAACACGUCUAUUGCUUGAAAACUUCUCUGCGAAAGACUAUGAUGACCCUAAUCAUAUCCUUUAUAUCGAUGGUACAUGUGUUUCUUCACAGUACCGCGGUAAAUGUAUUAGCUUAAUGCUACUAUUAUUGCUACAAAGUCUAGGACAACGUCAAGGUUAUAGCCAUGUCUGUUCUGUUUUAUACCAUCCGGCGUUAACAAGAAAUGUUGAACGUAUGCCUGAUUGGAAGAAAAUUCGUACUAUUGAUAUUCGUGAUUACAGCUACCAAAAUAAAAACAUCUUUAGCCAACUCUAUAACCAGAGCUAUCGGGAAGUAUCUUUAUUUUUAAGGAAAUAUACGCCAGCAACCAGUAAUUAUAAUUAUAAUCUAAGAUAUUAUUAA